CCCUGUAAGAUUCUGAUGCCAUUCCUUAUCCCCCUCCAGGUCAUUGAGGCUGAGGACAUCCAUGCCAAGUGUGGCCUGGGCUACAACCACACCAGCCACUGCCUGCCUAGUGGGGAGGUGAUGAUCAGCACCCUGGGAGACCCCAAGGGCAACGGCAAAGGGGGUUUCGUGCUGCUGGAUGGAGAGACGUUCGAGGUGAAGGGGACGUGGGAACGGCCUGGGGGAGCCGCACCUAUGGGCUAUGACUUCUGGUACCAGCCUCGACACAAUGUCAUGAUCAGCACUGAAUGGGCGGCUCCUAAUGUCUUUGGAGAUGGCUUCAACCCUGCUCACGUGGAGGCGGGGCUAUAUGGAAGCCACAUACACGUGUGGGACUGGCAGCGCCACGAGAUGGUGCAGAGCCUGCCUCUGCAGGAUGGGCUCAUCCCCCUGGAGAUCCGCUUCCUGCACAACCCCGACGCAGCCCAGGGCUUCGUGGGCUGUGCCCUCAGCUCCACCAUCCAGCGCUUCUACAAGAAUCAGGGAGGUACAUGGUCAGUGGAGAAGGUGAUCCAGGUGCCCCCCAAGAAGGUGAAGGGCUGGCUGCUGCCUGAAAUGCCAAGCCUGAUCACGGACAUCCUGCUGUCUCUGGAUGACCGCUUCCUCUACUUCAGCAACUGGCUGCACGGGGACCUGCGGCAAUAUGACAUCUCUGACCCGCAAAGGCCCCGCCUCACGGGACAGCUCUUCCUUGGGGGCAGCAUUGUUAAGGGAGGGCCUGUGCAAGUGUUGGAGGACCAGGAGCUAAAAUCCCAGCCAGAGCCCCUGGUGGUCAAGGGGAAACGGGUACCUGGAGGCCCUCAGAUGAUCCAGCUUAGCCUAGAUGGGAAGCGUCUAUACGUCACCACGUCGCUGUACAGUGCCUGGGACAAGCAGUUUUACCCUGAUCUCAUCAGGGAAGGCUCCGUGAUGCUGCAGAUUGAUGUAGACACAAUAAAGGGAGGCCUGAAGUUGAACCCCAACUUCCUCGUGGACUUUGGGAAGGAGCCGCUAGGCCCAGCCCUGGCCCAUGAACUCCGCUACCCUGGGGGUGACUGCAGCUCUGACAUUUGGCUCUGAAGUCCACCCCUGGUAGCCAGUCCACAUCUGAGCCCUCACGCAGAGACCUGGCUUCGCUCUGCUCCCUCUCGGCCCCCAACCCUUGGCAGAUUGUCCCACCAAAGCCAACCUGAGGCUGUUGGAAUAUAUUGAGUAGUGUCUUCAUUUACAGAUCACUGUUGCAUGUUGCUCACUGGCUGUUUUUACAUGAGCUCUUGGAAAUUACUUUAUCAAGAAAUAAACUGGUGAACCUAU